UUAGGUUAUAAAUUAAGUAUAAAUAGUCUUGUAAACUCAUUACGUGAUAAAAAAAAGUGAUUGCGAAACUCAACUGAUUUUGGGGAAGACUUUGAUCCAAAAACAGGUUAAAAUUGGAUAAUUUUUAAUUGUAAAGAUGGCGUUAAGCAUAAAACAAAUGGCUUUACUUACUUCCUUCUUUGGGAUUUGCUCUUUUAUAUGUGGUGUUAUUGCUGAAAACAAAAAGCCUGCUACAGGGACACCAAUUCCCGGGAAAGGAGUAGUAAUUUGCAAGUAUCCCUCUGAUCCAACUGUGGUUCUCGGAUAUAUUUCUUUUGGUGCUCUUCUUAUAUGUACUACUUCUGGGUAUAUGUCUGUAUUUUACCCCUAUAACAAGAAAGCAAUUCCAUUUGGCGCUCUCUUCCGUAGCAAAGCAUUGCUCGUCUUCUUCAAUAUUGCAUGGAUAACUGCUGGUCUAGCUGCUGCAUUGCUCAUAUGGCCAACAAUCACAGAGCAAUUCCAUUUAAGUCAAACAGUACAUCGCAACCUAAACUACUCUUGCCCAACUGCUAAGACCGGAGUCCUUGGAGGUGGUGCCUUUGUAUCCCUCGACUCAUGCCUCUUUUGGUUGAUUUGCCUCAUGUUAACCAACAAUGUUCGAGAAGAUUACUUCGAAGAGGUCGAAGGACCCCGGAAAGGAGAAAUCAUAAAUGAUGAUGAGAACACUCUUGUUUCAGAGGCCUUGAAGCAUGCUAGCAUUGCGUAAGCCAUGACUUAUGUUUAUCUGAAUGAAUGACACUCUUUCGGGGGUAUGAGAGAAUGUGAAUUUGCAAGAUCAUGCCAGAAUUAUUGAACUAUCUUCUACUACCUAUAUAGUAGUAUCUUUUAGAUGCAACAAUUUUUUCUGAUUGCUUUUGACAAUUUCAUUGAUACUCUGUAUGCCUCAUUGAACUUAAAUGGAGUAAUAUCUUCAUUAGUAAA